CUUAUAUUGUUAUCACUAUCGGAUGAAACCGACGUGAUACGUAGGCAGUUGACAGUACGUGAACUCUACAAUUACAAUUACCAUUAGUAAUAUAGCAAAUUGUGUAAAUUAACAAUAUUCAGUUAAACUCAACUAAACACGCAACCGAUAUUUGAAAUUUAAAGUAAAACUAUUUUUAGCUGGUGUUAAUAAUAAAAAAUAUAUCAAUCAUUAUUUAUGAUUUUAUAGCGUAAUAAAAUAGUGAGAAGUGUUUUAAAAAAUGAACAGUGUUUUAAUAUUUUUUAUUUAUAUACCUCUGAUAGUGUCACAAAGUUGUCGAGAACAUGGUAUGACGUGUUCAGACGACAACUCUUGCUGUGGAGGAUGUUGUAUAUCUGGUAUCUGCAAAGAUACUUAUUCAGAUUGUCGCGUUUUGGCAAAUCAGUGUAUAGAUUUCUACUGUCCGCCAAAUCAAGAAUGUUAUAUUUAUCAACCAGAAGACUGUAAGGGAUGUGCUUCAUUUCCAAUUUGUGUAAAUUCACCACCAGAACCACUGGGAGUAAUAUUACCAAAUAAUAUUCCCACUAUUGCCACUUCAGGUUAUAAAUAUAAGAAAAGUACAUCCAUAUUAAUUGUAAGUUUAUCGUUGAUCGGUAAAAUAUUUUAAUAUUUAAUACAUUUUUUAACUACG